AUGAGCGUAAUCACGGCGUUUAAGUCUGCAUGGGCUGGUCUAUUAGCCGGUUGCUUGCACACGCUCACGGGGCCAGACCACUUAGCGGCACUCACGCCACUGACAGUGGGACCGAGCAGAGCGCAAAACGCGUUGAUGGGCGCGCUUUGGGGGCUCGGGCAUAACACGGGUCAAAUUUUAUUUGGAUGUAUUUUCAUCGCUUUGAGGGAUAAAUUACCGCUCAACUUGGAAGUUAUCGGUCAGUUUGGACAAGGAAUCGUCGGUUUGACGCUCAUUAUUAUUGGCGCUAUUGGCUUUUGGGAAAGCAUGGGCGGUCACUCGCACUCACAUUCACACUCACACUCACACUCGCAUUCGCACUCGCAUGGGAGCGAUGUGCCCGCGAAGCGCGAUAGCAGCUUCAUCUCAUGGACGUAUAUUACUGGCACCAUCCAUGGAUUACAACCGGAUUCAUUGUUUCUGCUUUUACCUGCCCUGGCGCUCCCUCGCGUCGAGGCGAUUUCUUUUUUGGCGACGUUCUUCAUCGGAACCAUUAUCGCCAUGGGGACGUACACGUACUGCAUUGGUGCGGGUACGGCAGCGUUGGAGAAGAAUAAUCCCAAGUUUGUGAGCUAUAUCGCUCGUGGAUCGAGCGCCGUCGCGCUCGCCUUCGGUGUAUUAUUUGUCAUCAGCGCCGUAUUUGGUCUUGAUUUGAUUUUUUAG